UUUAAAAAUUAAUUUUAUAAUUCAGUACAACCAAAAAUGAGAUCUGUUGCGUUACUGCUCGUUUUGACUGUAAUCACCGCCACCUUGGCAGAGGACGACAUUGAGAUAGAAAUCCUCGAUCUUUUUGGAGUUGUAACAAACAAAGCAGGGUUCAGUUUGAAUGUUACCUGUAAGCUGACUAACCCAGGACAAGAUGAUUCCAUCUCAUGGUUUCUAGGGGGAAAACCUUUAGUUAAUAAAAACAGGGUUGUUUACGAAUCUGGGAGUAGGUCGUUGGAACAGUCCUAUAAUUUAGUAUUGGAUAUCAGCAUGGAUAAUCAGGAUCUUGCUUGUACCUGUAGAGACGUUAAAGAUGCCCUGAAACUCUCUGUAUAUGAUUAUGAUAUCCCUGACAAAGUCAUUUUCCCUACUCUAUUGCAUGAAGGAGACAGUGCCACAUUGCAGGUUGGAAUAAUGAUCUACCCACCACCCAAAGAUGGAGAUGUUCACUGGGAAAUAAAAAAACCGUCUGGAGAAACUAUUACAAGUCUUGAACCUGGACAGAACGACAUGUAUGGAUCAAUUGAAGCUUUAAAGCCGAUAAUAUCAGGAAAUCCUCCAACCAACUAUAUCUACAAGUUGUUAAUUAGCUCCAUUAGCAGAGUGGAUGCUUCUAACAGACAUUUUCUUAAAAUUAGUCAACUUGGAAUAAGUCACACAGUAGAAUUCAGCAUUUCAGUCCAACUGCAGGUAAGUUUGUUGUUUAUAUUCGGCAAGUUAGAAAAGAAAUGGUUACAAAAAAGCAGAGGAAUUUCAUAGUUUUUAUUUUUACUU